AUGCCGCUGGUGGUUGGUUACAGUGCGAUGCCGUUAGGAGGAGACGGUGGUGCGAUGCCGCUAGGAGGAGACGGCGGCGUCGACCACGACAAGAUGGUGCACGAUGAUUGGUGUUGUGAUGAUAGCGGCAAGGUGAAGGUGCAUGACGAUUGGAGAAUCAAGAUUAGGGGCGACAAUGUUAGGUUUAGUCUUGAUUCCAUGUAUUUGCAUGUUUGA